GGGGAGCUCCGCGCCUGCGCAGUGCCGCACAGUGGAGAGCGGACUGGCUGACGGACGGAUGCCGGGAGGGCCGGAGCCGCAGGUCCGCCCGAACCGGGCACCAGGGGCCGAGGGGGCGGCCGGGGAAGAAGAGGUUGUGACUGGGGGUUCCUCCCGUAGGAGGAAGGCAGAGUGUCCGCGGAGGAGGAGAAGCCGCCGUGAAAUGCCUGGGGAGGAGGAGGAGCUAGGCCUUGGGGGAAGGCCCAGCUACCUGGAGGAAGAGAUCCUGGCUAAUAAAGCACCAAAGUGUGAGGUGGAGGAAGUCGGGGUUCAGCAGAUGGAGCCGGUGGUUUUAAUUCAGGAUCAGCACAUAGAAGUGGUGGAGCACCGUGCGGUGGUGAGGGAAGGGGUCCUGCGUAGCACGCGAUCUGAUUCUCCUACGCUGGAGCUCAUCUGCAAAUCUGAACCUAAUCCAGUUGAUUUGGUUUACGAGAUGGAUGAGGGACCGUCAUCGUACACAGCUGACAUGAGUGAGACAGAAGACCAGGAAGAAGACAUAUUAAUAAGCGAGGAAGACGUUCCAUUCAAGGAUGACCCCACUGAUGAGACAUACAGGCCUCCUCAGUUAGAAAGUGAGGAUGAAGAAGACGAUGAGGAUAUCUUUAGUGAGGAAGAAAUUUAUAAAGACGACCCCAGAGACAAGAGCUACAGACCCCAGAUGAACAGGUCAUCUGCAGGACCCAGGCGCAGAGGUCCACGCAGCAGGAAAGAGUCGGGUACUGUGGAAGUGAAGAUGGAAGUGAAGGAGGAGAAUCCAGUUCCAGGCCCAGAAGCACCUAGAAAGAGGGGGCGCAAGCGCAAGGAUGACAAAACUCCAAAGCUCCCAAAGAGGCGAAAGAAGCCUCCUCUACAGUAUGUGCGCUGUGAGAUGGAAGGAUGUGGCACAGUUCUGGCACACCCUAGAUACUUGCAGCACCACAUUAAAUAUCAGCACCUUUUAAAGAAGAAAUAUGUGUGUCCGCAUCCCUCCUGUGGGAGGCUGUUCCGUCUGCAGAAGCAGCUGAUGCGCCACGCAAAGCACCACACAGACCAGCGAGAUUAUAUCUGUGAAUACUGUGCCAGAGCAUUUAAGAGCUCUCAUAACCUGGCUGUGCACCGCAUGAUCCAUACAGGAGAAAAGCCCUUACAAUGUGAGUUCUGUGGGUUUACUUGCAGACAGAAGGCCUCCCUGAAUUGGCACAUGAAGAAACAUGACGCUGAUUCCUUCUAUCAGUUCUCCUGUGGCAUCUGCGGGAAGAAGUUCGAGAAGAAGGACAGUGUUGUUGCCCACAAGGCCAAGAGCCAUCCCGAGAUCUUAUUAGCCGAAGCCUUGGCGGCCAACUCUGGCGCUCUCAUUACUGCCAACAAUGAACUGCUGCUGCCAGAGACCCCGGCUGCCUUGGUUCCUGGGGCUCCCAUGGCUCUUGACGGCCCCAUGGCUCUUGUGGCUUCUGUCGCCUCCGAUGCAGCCACCACAGAGGCCCAGGAAGAGCCAGCACCACCCCAGACCAUCUACACCACCUCCAGCUCUAAGAUUUUAGUGGCUUGCUCUACACAGUCAGCAGGAGGACUGGCUUCUAACACACAGGUUCCUAUUGAGGAUGCGGACUCUGCAGGACCUUAGAAGGGAGACACUGAUCCCUCUGCACAGCACCUAGACUGUUUCCUUGUUCCCCUCCCAGCUGGCUGGCUGUCUCACUCUACCAAUGCUUUCUCUCUCUUUCCUUGUAAUAUCAGCAUAGGCUAUGACCAGGCACAAAGAUCUGACCCAUCUGGGGCCAUCAACAUUUUUCUUUGACUUCUCUGACUUUCUUUCAUAAUUCUGACCAUUAACCAGUUAUGCUUUCCUCUAAAUCAUGUUUUUUUUAAUCUAUUCUGUUCUUUGUUACCUCUUUUUUUUGUUUGUUUGUUUGUUUAAUUUCCUUUUUCUCUAUGCCCCAUCAUGUCUUCUUUUCCUCUCUUUGGGUGCUGUGCCCUGCACUUUCACUGUAUAUAAUAUGUUUAAAGAAUAAAACUGAGCUGUUCUGUCUCAUAUGGA